AUGAGGCGUGCCUAUCAACUGUGGGAUUACAAGCCGACUGUUCGCAGGAUACUGCCCUUCGUGUUUGUUGCCUGCAUAACAGGUGCAUUCGUUUUAUCUGUCAUGAUGGUUUUGACUCUUUUGAAAACACAAAUCAAACUACCACCUGAACUGAUAGUUUGCGCAGUCACCGGGGUACCGAAGACAGUACCUUCCACGAUAGGUAUCUUGCUGUCAUUUAAUGUCCUUGUGAUUUUGAUCUCCUUCUACAAUGCUCUCGAAAACCCACGCCGAUAUGAAAGCGAAGUUUUUGAUUCACUGCGACGUGAUGGCUCAAGGGUCUAUUUGCUACUCUCCCUCUUAUGGAUGCUGCUUCUGAUAACGUCUCUUGUCGCAGAAAUUGUAGUGUUCUUCCCUAUGUUGAUUCUCAUAUCGUCUCUGAAGGCAAAUCUUACUUCUCGGAUGCACCUUCGCGUCGAAAGCCUGAGCUUAUCCGACACUCUACGUCCUGUGGCGAUAUAUACAGGACAGGAAGGCUAUUCACAUUUGGGAUACAUCUAG